AUGGCGGGCGUGUGCAAUCCGGAGGAGUACGUGCCGGCAGAGGUGUUUGAGAAGGUGAAGGCGGCAUCGGCAUCGGUGGCGACUCCAGCAUUGUUUAUGAGCGUGCCGUUAGUGGAGUCGGCGUACCAAGAGUUGUGUUCUGGGUUUCCUUACGCUCGUGUAUUUUAUGCUGUUAAAGCAAAUCCUGCUCGUCAGAUUUUGGAAGCAUUGGCAAGAUUGGGUUCGUGUUUUGAUGUGGCAUCAGUGUACGAAUUGGAUGAAGUAUUAUCUCUUCCUGGAGUGGAUGGCACACGUGUGUCUUAUGGAAAUACAAUUAAGAAGGCUCGGGAUGUGCGUUAUGCAUAUGGAAAAGGUGUGAGGAUGUUUGCGAGUGACAGUGAAGCAGACUUGAGGAAUAUAGCCAAGGCCGCACCAGGGUCGCGGAUUUAUGUCCGAAUUAUUACUGAUGGUUCUGAAAGCGCUGAUUGGCCACUGAGUCGUAAGUUUGGGUGUCAUCCAGAUAUGGCGAUGGAUCUAUUGAUUUUAAGUCGUGAAUUGGGACUUGAACCAUACGGUAUCAGCUUCCAUGUCGGCAGUCAACAACGUGAUAUCGCCACCUGGGAUGCAACGAUUGCCAAAGUCAAAGUCAUUUUCGAACGACUUAGAGAAGAAGAUGGAAUACGACUAAAAAUGAUCAACAUGGGAGGAGGAUUACCCGCCAACUAUGUCUCAAGAACCAACUCGCUUGAUACCUACACUGCUGAAAUCACUAGAUUCCUUAAGGAAGACUUCCCUGAAAAUGAUGAUUUCCCCGAAAUCAUCAUCGAACCCGGACGCAGUCUUGUUGCCAAUGCUGGCGUCAUCGUUUCUGAGGUCGUACUCGUCUCACGCAAAAGCAGAUUCGCUAUUGACCGAUGGGUCUACACCGAUGUGGGACUCUUCAAUGGACUCAUUGAAUGCCUCGACGAAGCUAUCAAAUUCCCCCUAUGGACACCACGCGAAGCAGAAGAAGAAGAAGUUGUACUCGCCGGACCUACUUGCGACUCCAUGGAUAUCCUCUACGAAAAUUUCCGAUACAGACUUCCGCUCAACCUAUGCGCCGGAGACAAACUCUUCUUCCUAUCCACUGGUGCAUACACUGCAUCCUACGCCUCCGUCUGCUUCAAUGGGUUCCCACCCAUUGAAACACACUUCGUCUAA